AUGAGAAAGCGGUGUCCUAGGGUUGUUGAGGGGUUUUAUAGGGAUCAUCCAGGUGAAAGGGGAGUUGCUUUGGUGUGUGACAGCGACCUGUCCAUGCACCAACUUGAACAAAGCAGCGAUCGUUUCCCAGACGCUCCUUUAAUUAUGAUGGGGGAUUGGAAUAUGACUAAAAAAGAACUUAAGGCAUGGUUAUCGACAGUGUUGCCGCUCGGAAGUUUGUGUAACGGGCUUGAUGUAUUGAAUUGCGAUGGUUGUGAUUCUACUUUUCACAGAAGCAAUUGCAAGAAUUCCGCUAUUGACUUUAUCAUUUGUAAUUCCAUCGCUCGAAGUUUCUUAUCGUCAUGUCGGGUUGAUAGGGGAUGUGACCUAUCUGACCAUUAUCCAAUCUCCGCGUUAUUUUGUCCUUCUAAUACUAUAGUGAAUACGGAAAAGAAAAAUUCUCUUAUGUAUAAUAUGAACAGAAAUAAAGUAGUAGCUAAUAAAGAAAGCAUUGUAUGCCAUAAUCGCUUUGAUAUUUUAUCUGAUUUGGAAAGCGAGGAUGUGAAUGCAACCGCUGAAAAUUUUGAAUCGGCAGUUAAAUUAGUUUCAUCCGAUCUGCAUUUAAUGUCGCGUAACAAGAAACCGGCCAGAUUGUGCUUGUCAAAAAAAACUCGUAAAGCGAUUAAAAUCAAGAAUUCUUUAUUCAAAAUGUGUCAAUGUAAAGGCAGCUCGAUGGCUGAUCUUGAUGCAUACAAGAAGGCUAGAAAAGGGGUGACUAAUUUAAUUAAAACGGAAAAGAAGAACAAAUGGUUUAAUCACAUUGCUAAUGGCGCCGAAUUUCGGAAACAUGAGCCAAGAAUGUUCUUCAGAUGGCUUAAGAACUUGGUGGGGGUCAAAUCUUAUCCUAAAUUAGGGCCCCUUAAGGAUAAAAACGGUGUUUUACAGGUAACGCCUGAAAAGAUAGCUGAAGUUUGGAGGGAACACUACAGAAAUCUCUUUGAGGAUUCAACCGGGCAUAGUAAGAAUAAGGAAUAUUGGUCCAAAUUUCCUAUUCAUAUUCGUUCCACCGUGGAAUUAUCAAAUAUUCCCUUUUCAUGGUCUGAGAUAGUUUUGGCUGUCAGAUCUUUGUCGACUAACAAAGCAGCUGGUCCAGAUGGUAUACCAGCUGAAUUUUUCAAGCUUAUCAACAACGAUAUGGAUACGGGAUUGGCUCCGUGUACUAAGUUAGGAAAGUUUUUGUUUAGUAUUUUUGAAAAGGUUUGGGUUUCUGGAAAAAUUCCUAAUUCUUGGAAUUUGGCUAAAAUUAUUUCGAUUCCGAAAAAAGGCGACCUCACAAUCACUGACAACUAUCGAGGCAUAUCACUAAUUCCGGUGAUUAGCAAAAUCCUCUCUAAAAUGUUAUCCAGUCGAAUUUCUUACCAUCUGGAGUCAAAUGGUAUCAUUUGUAAGGAGCAGGCCGGAUUUCGUAAGAGAGAGGAGUGUUUAGGUCAAGUUAUAGCUUUGGUUGAGGCGAUUCAGAGAAGAAAGCAUAAGGGUGAACCUACGUAUUUAGCUUUUAUUGAUUUCAAGAAGGCUUAUGAUAUGGUCGCUCAUGAAGCGCUAUUUCUUAAAAUGACUGGCGUUGGUAUUUCAGGCAAGACACUCGACCUAAUAAAGGAUUUAUAUAAGAAUUCUUCUAUUAUCACAUCCGAGUUUGAUAAUAGUCCAAUCACUCUCAUGAAAGAGUCAUGGGCUUAUUCAUGGGAUAUGGUAAUUGGUGCNAAUAAAUGUGGGAUCAUGGAAUUAUUUCCAAUCAAGAGUACAGUGAAGGAUUUUCAGUGGACGUUGCAGAAUAAUCACAUUGCUGUAGUGGAUUCUUACAGGUAUUUAGACUUGUAUAGCAUUAUUUUUAAGAAUCGUUCGAUUCCUUUCGAGGUAAAACUCAAAGCAUAUUUUUCGUGCAUCUUGCCAGUCCUUACAUAUGGCUCGGAAGUGUUUGGUCUUUACGGUGAGAAAUUGUUAAAACCUCUAGGUGAGUUCAAUCUAAGUCCGGUUCAAAGAAUUGGUCUUGGUCUUCGCGCUGUUCAAGAAUGUUAA